AUGGUCUAUGAUUUCAUGAUGUAAAAGAUGAGCAAAAUAUCUGAUGUAAAUCUAUAACUAAGGGCAGAAACAAAAGAAAAGUUCAGUGAUUUAGCAAAAAUGCUCUCAGCUCCAGAUUAAUGUGAACAUAUGAAAUUCAUAAUUAAGGCAGCAGGCUUUAAACGAGGUAUAGAAAUAGGGGUCUUCACUGGAUAUUCUGCUUUGUGCCUUGCAGAAGGAAUGCCUUCAGACGGUAAAUUGCUAUCUCUUGAUGUCAAUGAUUAAUAUACUAAUAUCGCUAAGAAAUAUUGGUAGUUAGCUGGUGUCAACGAUAAAAUAGAAUUGAGACUGGGUAAUGCUGUUGAGAUUUUAGAUAAAUUAAUUAGUGAUUAAAGGAAUCUUGAAAGCUUUGACUUUGGAUUUAUUGAUGCUGACAAACCUAACUAUCCAAAUUACUUUGAAAGGCUAAAUAAACUUAUCAGGAAAGGAGGAAUUGUAAUGAUAGACAAUAUAAUUUGGGGUGAGUUGAUUGCUAGAGAGGACCAUAGUUAAAAUGACCUGGAAACCAGGGGUAUUUAUGACACAUCAUAAUUAGCUUUAAACAAUAAGGAAUUCGAUUUUCAUACAAUUAUGAUAGGAAAUGGUUUGCUAAUCGCUCAUAAAAAGAUAUGA